CGCCUCUCCAUUUGUGUGGCCUUUGUUCAUUGGCCAGUGGGUAGAAAGAACUAAUGCAUGUUGGAGUAGUAUCACCAGGAAAGAUGUGCAGGUUGUGUGAGACGAAAUAUGCUUGAACUAAGUUGACUUAAUGGGACGUAAAGUGACAUGUAUAUUUCUCUCUGUCCUAUCGGCCUGGUUAUUGGUCGCACGCGAGAGCGCGCUAUUUGGUGAUGACGGUGGCUGGUCAUCGGGGAACCACAGUCUCAGAGAUGAGGGGCCCUGUAACAUCGAUGUCAUACAUUACACGUCUCUUACUUACGCACAGUUUCUCCAACAGUAUGCAUACGUGAAACCUGUGAUUCUUCGGGGCAUCACUGAUAACAAGAGGUUCCGAUUCUUGUGCUCCAAGUACAAUCUUCUGAGGGAGUACCGUGACAAAACAGUGAGACUCAGCACAGCUAAUACACAUUCAUACAGGAAAGUUGAUGUUCUCUUCGAUGAGUUUGUGGAGUACCUGCUGAGACCUCAGUCGGCAGGCACUCUGGGCAGUGAGACACUCUACUUCUUUGGCGACAACAACUUCACAGAGUGGGAAGCAUUGUUUGACGAGUACCAUGCACCCCCCUAUAAAAUCCCUCACACCAACCCAGCAUACAGCUUUGGCAUUGCAGGUCCAGGCACAGGUGUCCCUUUCCAUUGGCACGGACCGGGCUACUCGGAGGUCAUCUACGGCCGCAAGCGCUGGUUCCUCUACCCUCCGGACGAGGAGCCGGAGUUCCACCCCAAUCACACCACCCUGACCUGGGUCAGAGACGCCUACUCAAGCCUGGGGAUCCAACAGAGGCCUCUGGAGUGCACCAUCCGGCCAGGGGAGGUGCUAUAUUUUCCUGACCGUUGGUGGCAUGCCACACUCAAUCUGGACACCAGUGUCUUCAUCUCUACAUUCCUUGGUUAAUCUCUUAACCGUCUGCAAUGGGAUGGCAUUGAGGGUAACAUGAAGAAGACUGAAUUGCGUUACAGUAUACCUAUCUCAAUGGUAUUGAUCAUGUGUUACAUUUUAUAUCAUGAAUGGUUUACUGAGAAGAAAUGAUUUCCCUGCUCACAAAACUCUGUUGUGGAUUAAUGAAAUGUGAAGUGCUGAUUCACCAAAUGUUUAUGUGGUCGAUGUAAGGACAUGACUGAUGAUGGCAGACCCUCACCAAGUGGUUAAUACUGGGAUAUGGUUAUGAAUUAGUUUUACGUAAAGCCUUCUUGGUGUGAUAAAUCAUGGCUAUUUAUUAAGUGCAAAAUGAAACCCAACAGGUGAAGAACUGACACUUCAUGGAGUCCAGUGGAAUACAGUUCAUGUCCCAAUUUCCCUCAUGGAAAAGAUAUAAAGCUUGGAGUGAUAUGGAUAUGGAUUACACAAUUCUUAUAUGGCACAUACUAUAAAAGUGACCCAUUCCUCAUUUUCCUCAUAAACAAGGCAGACAUACUAAUUCCAUAUACUGCAACAUACAAAGUAUAAACUUUGUACGUGGAAUGUGUAUGAGUGGCUCAUACAAAGUGGUGCAUUUUUAUAAAACUUGUAAUUCCAAUUAUAAAAAGGGUUCAUCCAUAACAGAAACGUCAUCAAAUGUACACUGGGAAAUACAAAGUGUGUUUCGAACCGAUGACCAAAAUAAAUGAAUGUCUUUUUUAUGUCCA